AUUUGGCCACCGAAGAUCGUUGCUUUAAAAUCAAGGGUGCCAUACUCAGUAACUUAGGAGACCAAAUUCAAAUUAGACCUAAGAUUCCAGGCUGAAUUGGGGAAACACUCGUUUAGCAAUGGGAAAACAUCACUUUUUAGCAAUGAUAUGAAUUAAAUAAAACAAAACUUUUAAAAAUAGCAAAUUAAGUAACAUCAACGUUAGCUUUUUAAGCCAGAUGUUUGACAUCUUUUCUUUGCAUCAAGUUAUUUUAUCUUUAGAGAAAGGUUCUGUACUAUGGAGAUUCUCAGGGCGGACUCCCGGUGCCGAUACCUAACAUUCUCAUGCGGACAAGACCUAAUUGUUAGCCGGGCCGGAUCUGGCCCGAGGGCCUUGGGUGUUAACACCCGUUUAGUCAUAAGAAACCGCAGCAAUGUUGACGUACAAGAGGACUCGAAAAACGUUGACUGUAUAGUCGUGUAUUUACAGGGGAUUUUGCUUUUAACAUAAUUAUUAUACUUUACUGGAUAAACAAAAGGUUCAUGAGACUGUUUUUUUAUCACCAUGAGCCCACAUUUGAAUACAAUAUACUGGAAUCUUCAGUGGUCACGAAAGGGGACUCACAAAAACGUAACGGAAAUUUUUAACCAAGUUAGAAAGCAAAAAAAAAACGUUUUCAUAACUCCACAUUUGACACAAUACGGAAACUUCACGCUCUCCUUACAAGCCACAGAUUCUAUUCUCCGUACAUUUGUCCCUCCAUACGGGUCCAUUUUAUGAUAGGAAAUGUAUGGAAAACACUCGAAAUGUCCCCACUCUUAUUCAUCCAAACAAGCCAAACAAUUCCCCUUAUUGCACCCAUCCCUAUCCCCCCCUAACCUACCCCACACCUCCAGUUUUACUCUUUUCUAAAUCUUUUUUUUUCCAGUAAUGUUAUCAAACAACACUCCAAACUGAGCGUUAACGUUCACGUUUCGUUUACCUUCUUUCAGAGAGCUGUUUUGGAUCGGCAGGAAUAGUCUUGAGAAGUGUCACAAGAAAAUGGCAUUAUCGUACAGCUGAUUAGCAGGAAUGACACGGGCAGACACUUCCUCCCAGCCCAGCUGAGGGGAUCAAACCGUUCUAGCGUGGUGCUGGCCAGAUCAAUCUACACAGAGGACAUAGACGCAAUUAAGGGCAUUCCUGUAAAAUCGGCUGAAAAGAGGAGCAGCUUUUACCUAAAUAUUUUGCCAGGGAGCCGACUGUUAUCGAAGGGGAAUCGAAUACCUCAUUUUUUAAAUUCUGAAGUCCAGAAUGGACACCUUGUGAACAUCACUGCCUUUAAGUACAGAUGGCAGGCCAUGAGGUUCUUGGAAAAAACUACACCAGCACUGAUGCUUGAGAGGCUAUUUCUAGCUUUGCCUCCUGAACAACUUGAUUUUCAACUUUCAAGCAUUCUCAUUGGCGGACAUGAUUGAGUGCACCAACCAGACAGUCGAUGUGGGUGGGGGCGGGGCUGAAAGUGCCCUUGGAGAUGAAGACGCCCAAAGACUUUUCAAGGAUGUCAGUAAAGUCAUUAACCAGGUGGUCAUUCCAACCGUGUGUGCGUUCGGAAUGGUGGGCAACGUGCUCAACUUGACCAUCCUGACUCGGCGAAAACUGCAGAAGUCUUUCCGCACGUUGGAGCAAGCAGCUAACCUCUGCCUGAUCUCGUUGGCUGUCUCGGACUUGAUGUUCUGCGUGUUUGUGUUCCCUCACAUGUUCCUCCCCACCGACGACAUCUACGAUAAACGGGGGCUCCUGCUGGACUAUCGCCUUUACUGCGCCGCGGUGAUAAAUAUAUUUAUCAUGGAGAGUACUCUGCUAACUGUGGCUAUGUCCUUGGAGAGAUAUCUAGCAUGCUGUUUCCCCUUGCGACAGGAUCUAUACCUGACCACCAGGAGGAUAAAGUACGUCAUCGUCUUCACCUUUAUAUUUUCUGUGGGGUUCAACAUUCCGGUAUUUUGGCGUUAUGAAGUUGUCACGCUGUGUGCGUCCAAUUAUUCCGUUUCUGAUACGUCGGCGAAUGUGAUUGUGGAUGGGGAUAUCGGCUCUUCCACCAACUCUUCAGGCCUUCAUGACAGCGGGGAGUUUCUGAACUUUGGAGGACUUGCCAGUGACACCUCCGUUUUGCUAGAAAACAUCACCGGUGCUGUGCUGGGCACAGGGACUCUUGCCACUGGCUCGGGAGUCGUAGACCCGAGCAAAUCUUCGUCGUUGUCCCAGCAUGUUUCAUCAAGUCAUUUACAGUCCUCAUCGCCGUUGAUAUCAUCGUUAUCAUCUACGUUGUUUUCUUCAGAAUCUUCCCCCACCUCCCUCCCACAAAUGUCGCAGUCAAUAUCAGCAUCAGCAUCAGCCUUGGCGUCCUCAAUUUCUCAAAAUGCAGCUUCAGCGUCGUCUUUUUCACCCUUGCCAUCUUCAUCAUCGUCACAACCAUCGACUGCCAUGGCAGCAGCAAAUGUUCCCAACUCAAAUACUCAUCUGCUUUCCAAACCCGUGCGCUACACUGCAAAACAAGUUCUCCUUAUGAACAGUGAAACCGUUGACACAGUGUAUCGCAUCCUCUGGGCAGUGUUUGGGAACUUUGUACCACUGCUACUACUUUUUUUCUUCAACGUGUGUCUGUGUAGGAAAAUCUACAAGUCCUACAAAAUGCGGCGUCAGUUCAAACGUCAGGCGCAGGCGAAGAGCUCGAGUCAUGUCCUGACCAUCACUCUGGUGGUCAUUGUUGUCAUGUUUUUCAUCCUAGUCGCCCCGUCAGAGGUCGUUCUCCAUGUCUCACAAAUUUCCAACAGUAAUAUGAGCCCGACCUACAAGACAAUUGAAGUAGUACUGAACUUGAUGCAGUCCAUUAACUUCUCUGUCAACUUCAUCCUCUACUGCAUCAUCAGUCCGUACUUCCGGAAGACUCUCAAGUACCUCAUGCUCUGUGGCUGCUACAACAUAUAUCAGGUCUCUAGACAAUGGAAGAAAGAGUUUGAGACGUCACUCAUGUGUCCCACUCAAGGCAGUCGACGAAAAAAGACUUUGAGACGUCACUUAUGAAGACGUUUGGAUAGUUGAAGCCUGGCUCCCUUCCCCUAGCUGCCAUCUGCUAAGUCGCCAUGUCGAGGGAUACGUUGUAGGCGCCGCGAGCAUAGGAGACCACUUACAAUAGAGAGAUCAUCCUGGAAUAGGAAGCUCAUCCGUGUUAUCGGCCCUUUUAAGAAGACGGUGACAAUCUUUUUUGACGUAGCCUGGGUUUUUUUGUUUUUUCAUUUAUUUUUUUUUUAAUUUCGAAUUAGUGAACCCUUUGAUUUUUACUUGAAUCAUCGCAGAUUUGAUCACAUUUGUCUUUCUACUUAUUUUGUUCAUUAAUUUCCAUUUUGUUUGCUCUUUUUCGAUGUAUUUUUGCCAGGUUUACUUAUACACCGAUAUUACGAUGUCUAUUUUCCGUUGUAAAAUUAGUUGACUAGUGCUUUAGUUGACUAGUGGAUUUUUCUUCUCUUUUUAGACAGGUCCCAGUUUUAUUCUUUAAAUUUUUAGUUUCAUAACUGCAAGCUUUUUUUUGUUUCGGUCAAAUUAAGAUUCUGAUUUUGGCUUGGGUGAUGUAGCUAAAUACUUUAAUGCCCCGUUUGCCCAAACGAUGACUUUUCGGCAGAAACAAUACUCCGGAGACCAUCGACUAGUGUUGUCUAUAGACCAUUGACUAGUGUUGUCUAUAGACCAUUGACUAGUGUUCUCUAUAGACCAUUGACUAGUGUUCUCUAUAGACCAUUGACUAGUGUUCUCUAUAGACCAUUGACUAGUGUUCUCUAUAGACCAUUGACUAGUGUUGUCUAUAGACCAUUGACUAGUGUUCUCUAUCUUUGUGCCAUAAAAUCAGAGGAAGAAAAAAAAUAAUACUCAGUAUUAUUAAGACUGACGACGUUCUGCGACAGGUUUUAGCAAAUACACUGUAGAUUCUAGUUUCUUUUGAUUUUAUAAGUUAAAAAAGUCAACGGAAUGUUUUCAAAGGGACUAGUGAUCUGAAACGAAUCAAAACUAUGUUGGAAAGAUCUUUGGCACUACUAACUAUGCUUGACCAUCGACACAAUUUCUCUGCUGUUCACAUCCGUAAAGACAGUAAAACAAUCUAAAGUGUAGAACGUCGAUUUGUGAAGGUGGUUUGGGGGGGGGGGGGAUUUUGUCUACUACAUGUAUAUUGUUCGCUUUUCAUCAUUUGUUCCUCCAUUGUUAAUUGCCUCAAGCUUGUAAAUGUUUACAAGGACCACUAAAUGACUACAGAGGUAAAACAGUGAAUAGGCUUCUAUACGUAUACAUACCUAUACACACAUAUAUGCACAUAUAUGAUAUAUAAAUUGUGUGUAUAUGUGUGUAUUU